AUGCAGGCACUUCGAGCUCUUCAGCGGUCUGGCCUCCAGAAGGCGGUCGCCGCCGCCGCCGCCUCCUCGUCUUGCUCGACCUUUUCGCAGCGAUCCUUCCACUCGUCGCGACGUGCGCUCGAGUUCUCCAAGUUCAACAUGCCCGCCAUGUCUCCCACCAUGACCGAGGGUGGUAUCGCCGCUUGGAAGAAGCAGCCCGGUGAGGCCUUCUCUGCCGGUGAUGUUUUGCUCGAGAUCGAGACUGACAAGGCUACCAUGGAUGUCGAGGCUCAGGAUGACGGUGUUCUCGCCAAGAUCCUCGUCCCUGACGGCUCCAAGGCCAUCCAGGUCAACUCGCUCAUUGCUAUCAUGGCCGAGGAGGGUGACGAUCUCUCUAAAGCUGAUGCUUUCGCUGCCGAGGCUGCUUCUGAGGGUGGUGAUGCUAAGCCCGCUGCUGCCAAGGAGGAGCCCAAGAAGGAGGAGUCCAAGCCCUCUGAGCAGCAGAAGCAGGAGUCCAACCCCGAAACUUCCUCUCCUUCCUCCUCCUCCUCGUCUUCUUCCUCCAGCUCCUCGUUCGGCUCGCAGAGCUCUGGCGACCGUAUCUUCGCUACCCCCGUCGCCCGCAGGUUGGCACAGGACAAGGGAAUCGCUCUCACCAAGAUCAACGGCACUGGUCCUGAAGGCCGCAUCAUCAAGGCCGACGUAGAGAACUACAAGCCCGAGGCCGCUUCUACUUCCGCCCCUGCUCCCUCCAAGUCCGCAGCUGCCCCUGCUCUUGCUUCGGGCGAGGGAGACUACACCGACAUCCCCGUCUCCAACAUGCGCCGCACCAUCGCUGCCCGUCUCGCCGAGUCCAAGUCGACGGUCCCCCACUACUACGUCAGCAUCGAUGUCGAGAUGGACAAGGUCCUCAAGCUUCGCGAGGUCUUCAACAAGGCCGCUUCCGAGAAGGCCGGCAAGGAUGUCGACAAGGCCAAGGCUGCCAAGCUCAGUGUUGGCGACUUCAUCACCAAGGCUGCCGCUGUUGCGCUCAAGGAAGUUCCCGAGGUCAACUCGGCUUGGUACGGCGAUUUCAUCCGUCAGCACAACAAGGCCGACAUCUCGAUCGCUGUUUCCACCCCUACCGGUCUCAUCACCCCGAUCGUCAAAAAUGUCGGUGGAUCGGGUCUUGCUACCAUCUCGGCUGCUACCAAGCAGCUCGCUGCCAAGGCUCGUGCCGGCAAGCUCGCUCCUCAGGAGUACCAAGGUGGCUCCUUCACCAUCUCCAACAUGGGCAUGUUCGGUAUCACCCACUUUACCGCCAUUAUCAAUCCUCCUCAGAGCUGCAUUCUCGCCAUCGGCGGUACCGAGGCUCGUUUGAUUCCUGACUCCGAGAGCGAGCAGGGCUUCCGCAAGGCUAUGGUCAUGCAGGCUACCAUCUCGGCUGACCACCGAACCGUUGAUGGCGCCACUGCUGCCAAGUGGAUGAAGGCUUUCAAGGACGCCCUAGAGAACCCUCUCAGCUUCAUGCUCUAA